AAUAUAUAGGUAAUAGUACAAGAAAUAUUAUUUAUGUAAGCAAAAUGGUGUCGUUAUGGGUAAUAAGGUUGAUAAAAAAAACGUUAUUUUCACGGACGUUGAACUAACUUUAAUCCAUAAUUAUUACCGACAAAUGAUUAAUAUUUAAACAGGAAAUAGAGUGAUAUCCAUAGAUUAGUUUUUAAUUUAUCGACCUUGUACAUUAAAACGUCAACACGUUUAAAAUUUCUGCGUCCAAAAUGAAAUAUCACGUGACAUCCUCUCGUUGCUUGUUGAUACAUAUCUACCUUACAUGGAUAUACGUAAUAAUUUGAUAAAUACGUAAAUAUAAUUAAUAGUAAGAUUGUAUUUCAAUAAUUAGUUGUGUCCCUGGUGUUAAAUAGAAUUAAGUUUAUAUUUACUACUUAUUCUAAUACUUGACAAAAAUGACUGUCAUAAAAGAUAAACAAAAUUAUAAGUAUCCCCGACCUGGCUCUACUGAUGGAUCAGAUAUCGAAACAUUAGAAUUGGGAGAUGUGUCUGAUAAUGAUACAGAAAAUAAUAAUGAACCAGUGCAAAAUAUGGAAACUAAUAAUAAUGGUCAAGUACCUAUUAGAAUCAGAAUACACCGACCAAAAAUAAUCAAACCAUCUCAGGUAGAAGAAGUGGUACGUUUGAAAAGCAAUUCUGGAAAAAAGAAGUUAAGACGUUACCAGAAUCGAUGUAUUCUACAAACUUUAAGUGAAGAAGAGGAAAAUGAAAAUAUGGUUGUUAUUAUGGAAUCUCAUAAGGGUCCUUUUGCUCGCCUGCUGGAUAAUAAAGAUGCUUUAGAGUAUUGGCAAGAAUUUGUAGAAAAGUCAGAAGAGGAACAAUCUGAAUUGAUUAGGGCAUUGACGGCAAAAUACCAUAAUGAAACAGUUGUUGAACGUUGCCAAAGUGAGAGUCCCGGGAGAAUUUCUUCAAGAAUAAGGACAUUCAAAAUAAAAAAAAACUUAUCUUUAGAAAUUGUUCAGGUGUGCGAAGAAGAUUUAAUACAGUUUUUUAAAGCUAAACCAGAAGACACAUAUGUUAAGAAUCCACCUACAAGUUUUGAAAGACUUUUAAUACAUGCCGUUGCUCAAUACCACAAGUUACAAUCAGUCAGUGUUAUUGUUGAUGAAGGUACCAAAAAAUCAGUUAAAGUUUACAACAAUAAUAAAAACUGGAGUCCCGCUAGUUGUUACUUGACAGAUUUUAUUAAGAAAUUGAGGAAGUAAAAUUAUGGUGCAAUUAUUAAAACAUACAUUUUAUAAUUACCUGAAGGAAUUUGGUUCAUAUAAUUGUUGCUUAUUUAUUUUAAGAUGUAACUUAAAAAAUAUGUUUGUGCUAGUACUUAAGAAAUAAUAUAUUCGUUAAUUUUCAA